AUGUCCUUUAAAAGCUGUUCAAAUGCUCAUAUCGACGUGGUGGUCCGUGAGGGAGUUGGUGCGCAAUCGUGGCGAGCUACGGGGUUUUACGGACACCCUGAUGCAGAUAGGGACGCAAGACAAAUGGAGGUGUUUAGAAAGUGUCUAUCUGACUGUGGUCUCAUUGAUUUGGGGUUUGUGGGGCAGCGUUUUACGUGGUGUAAUGGUAGGAUUGGGGAGCAACGUACUCGGGUUAGGUUGGAUAGGAUGGUGGCAAAUGAGGAGUGGAGGAAGAUGUUCCCUGAGGCAAGAGUUAUUCACAGAGCAAUGGCAGCUUCAGACCAUUGUUUGCUAAAUCUGUCACUUAGGCAGCGGAUUCAGGAUAUGCUAAAAAGUUGCCAAGCUCACCUGCAAACCUGGAAUCGUAGGGAAUUCGGCAAUGUUAACAAAAAUUUGAGGCAGAAGCAGAGUCGCCUACAGCAACUAGAAGAGUUGAACUUGCUACAUGAAUCAGUAGAGGAGAUUCAGACUUUGAAAAAGGAAAUAAACGAAGUAUUGUUGAGGGAAGAAAUGAUGUGGAAUCAGAGGUCAAGGGCUUUAUGGGUUAAAUGUGGGGAUCGGAAUACAAAAUUUUUUCAUGCCACGGCCAGCAAUAGGUGCCGGAAAAAUAGAAUAGAAGGUUUGUGUGAUUCGGGGGGUAUGUGGAGAGAGGACUGCGAAGAGGUGGAAGGUAUUAUUUUGACAUAUUUCAAGGAAAUUUAUAGCUCAAACUUCCCAGUUGAUUUCGGGGCUAGCCUUGGGGCGGUGGACAGGAAAGUUACGGAAGAAAUGAAUGAAGACCUGCUGAUGGAAUUUAAGGCAGCAGAGGUUUGGCGUGCCUUAAAGCAGAUGCAUCCCACAAAAUCUCCAGGCCCAGACGUAUUGGCUAACAGGUUGACGAGAGUGCUCCCAGAAGUCAUCAGUGAUGCACAAAGCGCCUUUGUACCAGGGAGGCAGAUCAUAGAUAACGUUCUUGUGGCUUUCGAAGUCAUGCACUGUAUAAACAAAAGGAGAAAAGGGAAAGAGGGGUUGAUGGCGAUAAAGCUUGAUAUGAGUAAGGCAUACGACCGAGUUGAGUGGGCGUAUUUGGAGGCGAUGAUGCGCAAAAUGGGCUUCCAAGAUAGGUGGAUAUCUUUGAUGAUGAUGUGUGUGACCACGGUGUCUUAUUCCGUGCUCUUAAAUGGGGAACCGAAGGGUAGGAUCGUUCCAACUCGAGGGCUUAGGCAGGGGGACCCGAUAUCACCGUACCUUUUCCUUUUGUGUACGGAGGGUCUCUCAGCUAUGCUUAAAAAGUCUGAAAAUGGGGGAAUUCCUAGAGGCAUUGCUAUGUGUAGAAGUGCUCCUCGGGUCUCUCAUUUACUUUUUGCUAAUGAUUGUAUAGUGUUUGGCAAAACUUCAAAGGAGGAGGGGCAGAGACUUUUAAAAAUCCUUGAGGUGUAUGAAAAGGAGUCGGGACAAAAGCUAAACAGAGAGAAAACUUCUCUCUUCUUCAGCAAAAAUACAAGGGAGGAGUUUAAAGAGGAUGUGAAGGAUAUGUUUGGCGCACAAAUCAUCCAUCAGCAUGAGUGA